UCACCACAUUGCCUGGAGCAUGCGUCGGCAUCCAUCCUCGCUCCUCUUGCGGUGGAUCCAAAGUAUAAUACCAAGUCCGAAGCAACACAGCCGCUCAAUGUCCUCUUACGCUCACUGUUCCGCAAGCAUGGGCAUGAGCUCUCCCCAGAAAGACUGGAACUCUAGAGAUGAAUUCUUCAAAUUCACGCGAGGCCGUUUCGUCAUAGACGAGGCGGAGAAUCUGCGCAAGCGAGAGGUCAGAUUCGACUUGAAUAGGCUCGCGAGUAUCGCGGCAGACUAGGUCGGAGCCGCUCAGUGUAUCUCAAUUACGAAGUUCCCUGAUGGUAUGUUCAACAAGGCAUUCCUUAUGUCUAUGGAUAAUGGUCGGGAAGUUGUAGCUAAGGUGCCUAACCCGAAUGCUGGGGCACCGCACUUCACUACUGCUAGUGAAGUUGCUACGAUGGAUUUUGCCAGAAAAGUUCUCAACACGCCAGCACCUCGAGUAUAUACAUGGAACUCGCAUGCGGAAUCGCAUCCUGUUGGGGCUGAAUUUAUUAUUACGGAUAAAGUUGAAGGUGUUCCGCUGUCUCAAGUUUGGGACACAAUGACCCUGCCUCAAAAACUUCAAGUGCUUCUUGCUGUGACACAUCUUCAGAAGCAAUGGCUAAGUGUUUCAUUCUCACACUAUGGCGGCUUAUACUACAAGAGAGACGUGCAACCACUAGAGGGCAGUUACUAUGCUAAGGAUGGCGAGUCUGUCAGAGACUCUGAGUUUACUAUUGGCCCAGCUACAAGCCGAGAUUGGUUUGAUGCUGGUCGAUCAGUGCUAGAUGUUGAGAAAGGGCCAUGGACCUCUUUGAUACAAUACCUACAAGCAGUUAGGACGCGAGAGCUAAAGGCAAUACAAUGUUUAAACUCUCCAAAACAAAUCGCGUUGUUCUGUGGCCCAAAUCUCUACCAGCCAGACACAGAAAAGAAAACCACCGCUUUAGCAUGGUACCAACAAGUCAUCAAUGCUCUUAUGCCAAAGGAUACAGCUAUCGCUAGUCCCUAUCUCUGGCAUGAUGAUUUGCAUGAUGAUAAUAUCUUUAUAGACCCACAGAAUCCCGGAAAGAUUACGGGUAUUAUCGACUGGCAGUCUUGUCAUAUCUCAUCUCUUUUCAAUCAUAACCCGGAUCCGGCCUUUCUCGACUGGGAUUGCCUUGAGCCUGAGACACUUGAUCUAAUAUCACGGCCGAAACUCUCGGGUCUUUCACCCAAAGAACGAUAUGCGGCCGUGCAUGAGUAUACCAUCCAAAACCUAUUCAUUGGGUGGCGGAAACUCAUGCAAGCUAAAAACCCGGAUCUGUAUCAAGUCAUUGAAUACCGAAAGACAGCAGCAUAUGGACUGAUUUUUCUUGCCCGCCGAAUGUUUGAAUAUGGCGAGGCGCACUUUCAGUCACUUCUGGUCGAUCUGAAGGACUCGUGGGCGGAGUUACCUGCCGUUACUCAUGACAGCCCAUUCCCCUUUCACUUUUCGGAGGCAGAUAUUCAACGCAUCAAAACGGAUAGUGACGAUGCAGUGGCAGGGACCCAGCUUGUCGCGGAGGUCAAGGAGAGAAUGGGUGAUCUAUGGCCAGACAAAGGCUUCAUCGAGCAUGAGCGAUACGAUGAUUGCAAAGCUGCUCUCACGGAAGUUAAAGGUCAGAUGUUGGAACAAUUGGCUGAGACUGAUGAGGAAAGGGCUGAAUUUGAGCGUUAUUGGCCAUUUGAAUAACCUCUAGUGCAUUGAGGAAGUGGCAGGUGAACUAUUGAUAACG